AAUAUGAAAACGUCAUCUAUUAAAAGCCAACAUAAACAAUGUAAUUGUAAUGUUAUCUUCCAUUUUCAUCAACAAAUCUCUUUAAAUAACAAGUGUAUGCAAAAGUAUUAAUUACCUACGCAUUAAUAUAAUUAGUGGUGAAAAUGGCAACACUUCCACCCAGGAGAAAUCCCACACCAACAAAAAUUUCAAAACAGCAUUUAACUCCUUUACAAAUUUUACUGCAAAUGGGAUUUCCAAAACACAGAGCCGAGAAAGCACUUGCUGCUACUGGACAUAGGGGAGUGCAAUUAGCAUCAGACUGGUUAUUGGCACAUGUUAACGAUCCACUUUUAGAUGAUAAUUCUCCAAGGGAUUACAUUCUCUAUGCUUGUCCUACGGGUCCAUUCUUGCAGCAACUACAGAAUUUUUGGGAAAAGUCGUUGAAUCUAUGUGGUUGGAAUGGUGCUCACAACUAUAUUCCACAUAUAACAUUAGUGUCAUUUUUUAAGGCACCAGAUGAAGAUGCGCUACAUUUAGCACAGGGUUUGAAGUCGGUGAUGGAUCGCCAUGGUGCAACAUUGAAUGAACCACUUAAAUUAGAAACUUACACUUCUCCAAACUUUAUGGGAUUCUUUGUAGCAGAGGAACAUGCAGAUUACUUGAAAAGAAUAGCUAUGCAGUAUGUAAAAGAAGUUUCAAAUGCCAUUAUUAGUGAUACCUAUGAGCAUUUCGAUGCUCUAACAGCCUGUUUUCCUUGGUGUACCACAACUACGGCUCGUUGCAUCCCCCGGGGAAGUAGAUCAAUAAGCGUGGAACCACAUGUAAAAUCGUUGCAUUUAUCACUGGCGUACCAGUUUCCGAGCUCACAAUUUACUAAUCUAAAGUCCUUAGUUGAGGUAUUGGACCCUCAAGUGCCAUGUGAAUGGGAAAUCCGACUGUAUUCUAGAGACCCUCGUAUUAACAGUAAACAAGUACAUAAGGUAAUUCACACUUAUACUCCAACAGAAUCAGAUGAACUUGAUCUUAGAUCGGGCGACUACGUAUACAUAAGUAGCGAAGCAUUAUCUAAUUCACCCGACGGCUGGGUGGAUGGCAUAUCGUGGUUAACGGGUCUCUCAGGGUUACUACCGGAGAGUUACACUCAAAGAACUGCAGAGACGGACGCGUGGACACUACACAAGAAAAUUUCUUUGACACACAUACCUGAAGCAAAACAUUCCCCACAGAAACCCACCCAAGUACAAACGAAUAACAGUAAAGACCAUUCCGUGUUUAACAACCACGAAAUAAAAGAACCGACUUUACCUCCUGAUUUUGAAAAUUGGAUCGCUGAAGCUGAAGAGAAAGCAAGAGGUGAUGGUGAGGAGAAUUUGUAUGAAAACCUUUUAGCUAUUAAGAAAAAGAAAAAUGAGGAUGAGGAAAUGAAAGGAGCAGACCACAGAAGAAAUGUUUUGAUAAUGAGGCAUGGUGAGAGAAUAGACUUUACAUUUGGCAGUUGGUUGCCGUUUUGUUACGAUGAGGCUGGAAAUUAUAUACAGAGGGACUUAAACCUGCCAAAGACAUUACCUAGGCGGAAAGACGGACCGAAAGGGUAUUUAAGGGACUCUCCGUUGACAAAUGUGGGGGCAUUUACAGCAUCUGUGGUUGGCGAAGCAAUAUUAGAAAAAAAUUUUUCUAUAGAUGACGUGUACUGUUCUCCAUCCUUUAGGUGCAUUCAGACGUGCAGCUCAUUCCUAGAAGCAAUAAAUAAGAAAGACGAGUUGAAAAUUAAAAUAGAGCCAGGUCUAUUUGAGUGGUUAGUGUGGUAUCCGGAAAGUCUGCCAGACUGGAUGUCGGCAGAGGAAUUAAUCGCAGCCGGGUAUAAUAUAGACGAGGACUAUAAGCCAUUUGUUAGCGAAAAAGAACUGCGAGAAGCGAAAGAGACUUGCGAGCAGUUUUAUUUGAGAAGUGCUUUUGUUUCCAGAGGGGCUUUGUCUUCAACUUCUGGAAAUAUAUUGAUAGUAGGUCAUUCGGCGACCUUAGAGACUUGUUCACAUGAACUGAUUGGACGAAAACCAAGGUCAGCCACUGAAAUGACAAAAAUCAUCCAAAAAAUUCCAUACUGUGGUCUAGUCCAAUUGACAUCCGUCGAUGGAAAAUGGGAAAUUGUAGAACCACCUUCUCUUCCUCUCACACAUUCAGCCAACCAGAGAUUUGAUUGGAAGAUUUUGUUAAAUUAAUGAUUAAUGUCUACAAGUCCAUCCAUAGUAUGUUUAUCAAAUCCAAUAAUUUCCAGAAUUACCAAAGAAAGCCUGAGCUGUAUAACUUAUUUUUGCUAUAUUUUGCUGCAUAUCGUAAUAGGAGUUAAAAAUAAUAUAAUAUUCUGUUAAUUUA